CAGCAAGCUGUCAUUAUAGAGUAUACGUCACCACUGUAAAUAGAAGUGCGGAGCGCCUCUGAGGAAUACUGAGGUAGGAAUUCCUCGGAGCUAGUUCCAGGUCUUCAUAUCCGCACGGAACAAAAAAAUUUGUGUUCAAUUCAAGCCGUGUUCAUUGCCCGAUAUUAACAUGGCCUCGUCUCCAGUUUUAAACCCCGAUAUUCCCUAUGUUGGCGAGGUAGAGGGUGGACUCUUUCCUGGCAAAAUGGUCAAAGUCCAGGGAAAAAUACCGCCGCAAGCAGUUCGAUUUGCAAUAAAUUACCAGCUGGGGCCGAACAUAAACCCCCGAGAUGAUAUAGCUAUUCAUGUAUCGCCUCGAUUCCCAGAGGGUUUUGUUACCAGAAAUCAUAUAGAGUCGAUGAGCUGGGGCAGGGAAGAAAAUGAAGGUCCCCUUUGGCUAGUACCGGGUGAAGAAUUCGAGAUAAUUAUAUUAUGCGAGCAGCCUUGCUACAAGAUCGCUAUCAAUGGCAGGCACUUCACGGAGUUUGCCCAUCGUCUACCCUAUAAAAAAGUAACUCACUUGGUCAUCGACGGCGAUGUCGAAGUCGCUUCCAUCAGAUACGAGAGCGGCACUCCAGCCGCACCACAGUCGCCAAGUGCACCAAUUGUGCCAGAUGUUCCCGCAGCUGAUUUUGGACCACCAGGUCCAGGAGGCCUGUAUCCAACCUUGAAAAAUCAGGACCCUAUGGGACCUCAGGGAGGUGGCUACCAGCCUCCAGGUAAUUACGGGUCACAUCCAGAUGCCUACGGUGGACCCGGCGGAUACAAUCCACCAAGGGCUUACGGUUAUCAGCCGGGCUAUGAGAAGCCUGAAGAAGAAGCUGCAUUUGGAGGAUGUAUGGACAAAGUGGGCCUUGCUCUUGGUGGACUUGUUGCAGCUGGUGGUGUUGCGGCAGCUAUGCAUGCCAUGAAUAAAAAAAAGGAACAGGAGCAAGAUCAUGAGAAAUCAGAUGCGUCCAAAACGCAAUCAGAAAGAGAAGGGGGUUUUGGCGGUUUUGAUAUGGCCUCAAUUGGCUCCGCUUUGGCAAGCACGCUGGCUUCUGGUGGUUUACAAGGUGACAACAGAUCUUAUCCCGGGAGUGGCUAUCCGCCUCAUGAUUCCAAUAGCGGUGGCGGUGGCGUGUUGGGAUCCAUCUUAGGAGCACUUGGCAGUGGAGGUGGUGGCGGCGGUGGUGGAUAUCAGCCGUCGUACGCACCGCAGCAAUCUGGAGGAGGCGACCCGCUCGGUGGAGCCUUGAGCUCAAUCCUGGGUGGCGUUCUUGGAGGCGGAGGAGCAGGACGAAACCAGCAACCGAGUUACCAGCCAGGUUAUCAGCCUGGAUACCAGCCGUCCGGGGGAUACAAUUAUCAGCAAUCAGGUGGAUACCCUUCUAACCAAGGUUCUGAUGGUUCUAAUCUUUUAUCGGGAAUCGGUUCAGCCAUUGGAUCAUCGCUCUUCAACUCCGCUCUAGACGGGCUAAGCAAGCAUGGCAAGGACAAGCCUCAAGGAUACAACAACCAGCCACAGGGGCCAGUCAACUACGGAAUGCAAAAUGAUUCUCCCAGCCCUCGACCCGCCUCAGGUCCGGCAGGUCCCCCUUCGUCUGGCGGAGGUAGCAAGCUUACGGCUGCAGAAAUUUCUCGUGGACUUGGUCUUGGCGACGACGAGGACUAAUAAGUACAUUCUUGAUGGUACAAUGAAAAGUGUCCACACGUCUAUGUUUCCAUUUCUUAUACAACAAGAUACUGAUAUUAUGCUACUACGUUAAUUGAAACGUCGAUACUCCUGGCUAGUAGAAGCGAAUGAUCGUAGGCAGGAUGUCGAUACACACAUAGUGGAGUGAAUAAUUUUAUGUGUAUACGCUGAGUUCUUAGUGUUCAGAAUUUCGUCGAAGGUGGUAUCAUACCGAAAUUAAAAUUUCAGGACAAGAGCGUCACUUUUGAGUCUUCUGCUCAAAAUGUUGUGCAAAAAUUGUCUGUUAAUAAUACAAUAUGAUAUGAAUUAUAAUAAAAUAUACGUCUGUGAGAUUUACCUCGACCACAAAUCUCUUCACAGCGAGUAGUCGGUACAUUAAUACCUUGCGAAAGGUCAAAGGUAAUUUAUUAAAAUUUGGAAUUUCUGUGGAAACUAGUUUUAGUAUAUUUGCGAGGAAUCCAUGUGGAAAUUAUUAGUACGGCAAAAAUUUUUCUACUUAUAUAAGAUACAUUUUCAGUGUGCAAGCAUACAUACAAAGAAUAUCGGAGAUUGAGGAUAAAUUAUCAUUAGUAUGGAACACUUUUCACUAUACCUCAAAGAUCGAGUAAGUUGGGUAAGAAUCAGAUAUUCGGAGUGUGAACAAGGCCUUGAAAAAAUUAUAAUAUGAUAUUAAAAGUAUCUGUAACGCAUAGAAUCUCUGCUUGGAUUAGGUGCAUAAAUUCUAUAAAAUUAAUUACCGUGUACGAAUAAUAGCACAAAUUAUAUGCAUGUAAUAAACUUGUUAUAGCUGUUACACGCUCGUUGAAACAGGCAGGGCAGGUCCCCCGACCUUUUACAUGUGAGAAACGUUGAAAUUUUAUAGGUAUUGAUCGUGACAUACACGUAUAUUAUAUACUAUCCCAAUGCUGAAUCACUCGAAAAUAUUACCACUGUUGGCUAUCAAAUUGUUGAGGUAUUCCAUAUUUCCACGUAAGUUUGAAAUGAUUUUUAAUCGUUGAAACAGAUGUUUUUUUCAUGAAAUGAGCUUUCAAUUCAAUUCUGCAUUUUCGCAAUUUAUCAGUAUCAAUGUUACAGAUUUUAUAAUAUAUAAUAUAUAAGUGUUUUAAAUCGAACUAUUCGUAUAAACGGAGAACGAAAAAUACCGUUGACAAGUUUACAAGAUCUGAUAACGUAUUCUCAGAAUUGUUUACAUGGGUUUAUGAUUAAAUUACUUUUAAUAAUGUGUUUGUUAGUUAUUCACAGUACCACCUCCAGUAACAAAGCUCUCGUUAUUUUGUACAAAUUGUUUAAUUUUUAUAUAAUGCUAAUAUUAGUCUAUUAAGCGAAACGUUUGCCUUACAAAUUUCGAUACGUGAAAUAUUUUGUAAACGCACAAUUUGCAUCACGUACAUCGUAUUGUAUACACGUACGGAAAUCAAAUAAACAAUAGAAUGUACGAAA